AUUUACCAAAAGUUACUGUUUAUAAACUACAUUCUGACUACGUCAAGACAAUCAAUGUCUGUUUCUUUUUCUUAAUACUUUUCGGGAUCGCUUCACAUUCAUGUAGGAAUCCGUUCCUGCGAACAAAAUUUUUUAGAAUUCCAUGUAACGAUGGCCUUCUCCUUGUACGAAGGCCUUGAUAAUACUUCUAUAGAUGAGAUUAAUGCACAAGCACAUAAAACUGUCGCUAAAUCUAAGGAAGAGGAAUCCAAACAGCUGAACAGAAUCCAGCCUGUACGCAAUGCGUCAGAUGUAAAUCUAAUAAAGGAUGAUAAACCGCCUGUACAAGAACAAAAUCCACUGCAGUUUAUUCCGAAUGUCCGUCGGAGGCGGCCUGUGAAACGGAAUGUACCAAUUCGCCCUGAAGCAACCUCACGAACAUUGACUCGAGUGGGGGAAAACAAUGAAGAAAAAACGAAAACUUCUGAAGGGGAGUACAGGAGUGAUACAACUUCUGGGCAUAGUGUUAAGGAGUUACCAAUUGGUAACGUGGCUGCUUCACUUAAAUCAGAAAAUGAACUUGGUCAUAAAAGUUCAGCAACAAACUUUCCUCUUGAUGUUGAUUACGAUCCCACACAGCCUACAGAAUUGUCACUUUAUUUCAAAUGUGAAGAGGAUGUUCGUUGUGAAGAAGAAUGGCAAGAUUAUCUUGUAAAGCAUCCAGAGAUCAAAGAACUUGAACCCACCGCUUUGCAAAAAGACAGUCAAUAUCUGGGUAUCCGACCACCAGCUAUUCUCUUAGAAAAUGUUCCGAUGAAGGAGUCAGAAUCUCAGUUGCAAAAUGAGAGUAUUUCAUCACAUGUUCCUGAACAGGAUAUGAAUUCUACAAGAAAAGCAAAGAAAGGUUUUGCGAAACGAUUACUGCAAAAAUUUGGAUGGCAACAGGGCCUUGGUUUGGGCGUAAACAAUGACGGUAUCGCUCAGCCUUUGCGACCAAACGCAUUUAAAAAAACAAAAUAAAGAUAGCCCUUUGCCUGUUGGUUUCAUCAAUUAGCGUUUAAUAUGAUAUCUCAAUAAUAUUGUCAUGACUAGCUAAGUUAUCUAAUAAGGAAUCGUAUAUAUGUUUCUAUUCGCGCUUCUUUUGAAAACGAAUUUUGUGUACAGUAGGAUCAAA